AUGAAUGAAGGUGAUGACGGCCAGGCUGAUUCAAGAAUGCCAAGUCUCGACGAGGUAACAACGAGCACACAACACAAGUGCUUGCUCAUCGAAACGACCAGCAAUCGUAAACAAAUGAGCCACCAGGUGUCCAUGUUCGCCUCGUCUCGACUCGAGUGCGGAGCUCUUGGCACACGUGGUAGAUUCCCGAGCGUAAACAGCAGCGAGCGGCUGCCCAAGGACCGCGUAGGAACAGGCGCUUGA